GCGGCGGUGGCGGGGCGCGGCCAUGGCGGAGUUCCGUGCGCUCGGGCUGGCGCCGUGGCUGGCGGAGCAGGCCCGGCAGGUGGGGCUGCUCCGGCCCACGCCCGUGCAGGCCGCCUGCAUCCCGGCCGUGCUGCAGGGCCGGGACUGCCUGGGCUGUGCCCAGACGGGCAGCGGGAAGACGGCGGCGUUCGUGCUGCCCGUGCUGCACGUGCUGGCCCAGGACCCGUACGGCAUCUUCUGCCUCGUGCUCACCCCCACCCGGGAGCUGGCGUACCAGAUCGCCGAGCAGUUCCGCGUGCUGGGCAAACCGCUGGGGCUCAGGGUGGGGUGGGGGGGGUGUGUUGUGGUACACGGUGUCGCAGUCCCUGACCCCCAUCUGUCUGUCCGUCUGUCUGUCCCAGACAUGGUGUCGCAGGCGCUGGCCCUGGCCCGCAGGCCGCACGUGGUCGUGGCCACCCCCGGGCGCCUCGCUGACCACCUGCGCAGCUCCAGCACCUUCAGCCUCAGCAAGGUCCAGUUCCUGGUUCUGGACGAGGCUGACCGCCUGCUGGAGCAGGGCAGCGCCGAUUUCAGCGCCGACCUGGAGCUGAUCCUGGCGGCCGUGCCCGCCCGCCGCCAGACGCUGCUGUUCAGCGCCACGCUGACGGGCACCCUGUGCCAGCUGCGGGCCCUGGCCGCCAACAGCCCCUUCUGCUGGGAGGCCCCGGCCCCGGUGAGGACCGUGCAGGGGCUGGAGCAGAGGUACCUGCUGGUGCCCGAGGCGCUCAAGGACGCCUACCUGGUGCACCUGGUGCAGAGCUUCCAGGACCAGCACGACGACUGGGCCAUCAUCAUCUUCACCAAGACCUGCAAGGACUGCCAGGUGCUGAACAUGAUGCUGAGGAAGUUCAGCUUCCCCUCAGUGGCCCUGCACUCCAUGAUGAAGCAGAAACAGAGAUUUGCAGCUUUGGCCAAGUUCAAGUCCAGCAUCUUCAAGAUCCUCAUUGCCACCGAUGUGGCUGCCAGAGGUUUGGACAUCCCAGCAGUGCAGGUUGUCAUCAACCACAACACGCCAGGGCUGCCCAAGAUCUACAUCCACCGCGUGGGACGCACGGCGCGGGCAGGGAGGAAGGGCAUGGCCAUCACCCUGGUGACGCAGUACGACAUCCACCUGGUGCACGCCAUCGAGGAGGAGAUCAAGCUGCAGCUGCCCGAGUUCUCUGUGGAGGAGCAGCUGGUGCUGGACAUCCUGACCCAAGUGAACGUCACCAGGAGGGAGUGUGAGAUCGAGCUGGAGGGGAUGGAUUUCGACGAGAAGAAGGAAAUCAAUAAGAGGAAGCAGAUGAUCCUGGAAGGGAAGGACCCGGAGCAGGAGGCCCGCAGGAAGGCGGAGCUGUCCCGGCUGCGGAGCAGGAACAGGGAGUGCCGCCAGAAGCUGCAGCAGAGCCUGCACCGGAGGAGGCAGCUGCAGCUCCGCAGGAAGCUGCACAGGAGGAUGGAGAGGAGGAAGAGGAAGAUGGAGAAGGAGAAGGAGGAGCAGGAGGAGCAGUGACGCGGCUGGGCCUGGCCCGGAGUGCCCUGGAAUUGCUGCUGCUGCUGCUUUGGGAAAAUUGGGACUGAACUCUUGAAUGUGGGGAAAAAUGUCAGUGCUGGGAAAGAGGGAAGAAUCCCUGAACCCUUGGGAUUGGGAUUGGGCUGGGAGGAGCUCAGGGCUCAUCCAGUCCCACCCAGGCCUUGGACAUCCCAGGGAUCCAGGGGCAGCCUCAGCUCCUCUGGGAAUCCCACCCAGAUUCCCCUUCCCAGUUCAAAUCCAUCCCCUGUGCCCUGGAAUUCCAUCCCUGAUCCCAAAUCCAUUCCCUGGGUCCCUCCAUCCAUCCAUCAUCCCAAAUCCAUUCCCUGUGCCCUGGAAUUCUGUCCCAAAUCCCAAAUCAU